AUGAAACUGUUCAUUGUUACACUUCUGGCUUCAAUAGCCGCCAUCCAGGCUUCACCUUUAAACGCGAGCUGCACAGUUACCUCCUACUCUGGAGUAGCUGCAGCUCUCCAAAGUUGCAGCGCAUUAGUAAUCAAAGAUUUAACUGUACCAGCUAAAACUACGUUGGAACUAAAUUUGAAGAGUGGAGCUUCUUUGACGUUCGCUGGUACUAUCCGUUGGGAGUAUGCUCAAUGGCAAGGACCUCUUAUUGAAAUUAAAGGCAACAAGGUUACAGUUAAUGGUGCUGGAGCCACUUUGGAUGGACAAGGUGCAAAAUGGUGGGACGGAAAGGGCGACAGUGGAAAAAUAAAACCUAAAUUCCUCAGAAUCAAAACCACCGGAGGUUCGGUCCUGAAAAACAUCAAACUAUUAAACUGUCCUAAGCAGUGCGUCUCUAUUAACAGCGCAAGUAAUACUGUCUUGGAUCACUUUACCAUCGAUGUUUCUGCUGGAGACAGUGGUUCUAAGGGCCACAACACUGACGGUUUUGACGUAUCCAGCUCUACAGGCAUUACAGUCCAAAACAGUGUCGUCAAGAACCAAGACGAUUGCGUAGCCGUUAAUCAAGGAUCCAACUACAUCUUCCAGAAUUUGACUUGCUCUGGUGGUCACGGUUUAAGUUUGUCCGUCGGUCAAACUUCAGCAAGCGGUUCCGCUAAUAUCGUUAAAAACGUUACAUUCUCUGACUGUACCGUAACAAACUCAGAUAACGGCAUCCACGUAAAGACUCACUCAGAUGCUGGUGCCGGUUCAGUAUCUGAUGUCACUUAUAAAAAUAUCAAAUUGUCCGGUAUAAGGAAAUACGGAAUUAGCGUACAAGAAGAUUAUGAGAAGGGCAAUUCCACUGGAACGCCAAAAGCUAAUAUUCCAAUCACCAAAUUGACCCUGAGCAAUGUUAAAGGUACUAUGUCUGGAGGUAUGGGUGUUUAUAUACUUUGUGCGAGUGGAGGAUGCAGUAACUGGCCUUGGUCCGGUGUUUCCAUUACCAGCGGCAAAAAGAGCAACUAUUGUACUUUUACACCUUCCGGAUUUUCUUGUUAG